CUGUUGUCUUUUGUUCUGUUUAGCUCUGCAAAGAAUCUUUGGAUUGGCGUGCUCGUUGGGCGUCGACUUUGAUUGUUGUCUGAAUGGAGUCAACGAGUGUAAUGUUGAAAUGCAUGGAGUGCUUCGACUUCGAUGAAAUUUCGCGAGAUCUUUCUUUUGCUUAAAGUAAAAAAAUUGUUUACUUUCUCGAAGUUUUGACUCCUGCGAAGAUGCCGCUGAGCGAAACCAAGAUGAAUGUGACUUGUUUGCUCACCAUGUGUUUGAGAGCAUUUCUCGGAGGAGAGAUUAAGUCUGUAUAGUGAUGCUUUUGGUUUACUUUUAGCGAAUUUAGAUGGAAGUUGCAUUGGUCAAAAGCUGAAUUUUGUAAAGUAAGCCGAGGUGUUCCAAACUUCCAAUAGAUUUUAUUGAGUUUAUAAUUUCUUACUUUUAAAGACGAAAUUUACGUAAAAGAAUCUAUUAAAUAGUUUUUGUUAUGUGCAGCACCUAGCAGCAUUGCUUGCAAUGCGUGAGAUACACGCAGUGCUUUCUGCUUAUGAACGCAAGUAAUUGAAAUGUAACACGACAUACAUUGGAACAAAUAAUAGACGGAGCAACGCCAAACAGAAGCGUCUUUCAUUACCUUCUGCCUCAAGAUAUGUAUAGGUUGUUUGCUCAGGCGCAGUGUGCAAGUGUUGUUCAUCGCACAGGGUAGAUGCAAUCACUCAUUCACAGGGUAGGUACACCUUGGAACGUGUAUAAAAAAAAUUAUCACUUGUACUUGCUGCACCUGAUGUCAACAUGAAAAGCAUUGGAUUUGAAGAUUAAGUAAAGUUUGGACUUUUUGAGGUGCUCUGCUCAUUUGUUGAGGAUGGGGAAUACGACAUUAUUGGCCACAGCUAUCAUGCUCUUCUUUGAGAAAAUAUUGGAUAAAGGCUAAACGUGGGCUAUUUAGGUUCAUCUGUGGAUCAGUCGACCAAGUCAAGUAGAUGAAUGUCAGUUUGUUCUCCAUUUUGAGAGUUGGUUGUGGAAACUAUUUCUUUUAGUCGUCCUCCCAUCUCUGUCUUGACACCUGGCAUUCACAGCUUACAGAAGCCCUUCAUGUUUAGCCCUUUAUUUGGGUUCACAGAUGCAGUGGGCUUUCUCAAACAAGGUUUCUGGCUCUUCUCAGCUCCUAUCUUUCAAGGCCUUUGAAGAGGAGAGGCCAAAGAAAGUUAUCCAUGAUUCGCGAGCAUCUUCUGGAUCUAUGACCACACAAAUCCCAGAUGUUUCGAACUCUAAGUGGAAACUGCAAUCCAGAGAGCCCCAGAUGUGCAUAAACGUUGACAAGAAAGCACAGGAAAAUUGUGCUCUGACAAUCUACCCACACCAACACCUCAAUGGGAUUUCGGUCCAUUAUCCCCAUGAAGUAAAGUUAUACUCGGGAUCUAAUAGACCAAAUAAGACUGCCUCUCUUCCUUUUAAAGCUCCAGUUCUUCAGUCCAAAUUUUCCUUGGUUAGGGAGAAUAUGGUUUGUUCUGCGGUGAAGUCACAACCUCUAGGCGGAGUUCUGGAUCUACCUCCUGUUUCUUUGCUUCCAUCCACGAGUUCGAUUGUCAGUUACACUGACUAUGGGAGUGUUUCAAAACUCCCUGAGAUGCUUGCUCAGAUGACAAUCUUUUAUGCUGGGUCUGUGAAUGUCUAUGAUGAUGUAUCUCCGGAGAAGGCUCAGGCUAUUAUGUUGUUGGCCGGUAAUGGCCCUCCUGUGACUCACAGUAAGACUCUUGCCACAACUCAGGAUCAGGGUCAGGGUCAGGGUCAUGGAGCGACAUCAAGAAUAACCACUGAUGACUCUUCGAGGGGAAAUCAGCCUCAAAAUAUUUCGGCAUUUUUGGGACUUCCGAACCUUGUGUCUGUGACCUCCGAAUCUGGAUCAUCAUCAGGAGGAAGAUCUACAUGUGACAAUGACACAGUGACGAUGAAACAAGCAGGACCUUUUGCAUGUCCUGUUAACACAUCAGAGACCUAUAAAGUUAUUAUGCCCAUCGGACCUGGUCCAACUGUUGCUUUGCCUCAGGCUCGUAAGGCGUCUUUGGCUCGAUUUCUAGAGAAGCGCAAGGAACGGGUGAUGAGCUCAUCCCCUUAUGCCGUGGACAAGAAGUGGCCAGACCGUAGCACCUGCACUUCGAAUGAAAUUAGCUUUUCCAUCCUCAACUCAUCGGUUCCUUGUCCACAGUCAGUGGCCAAAUAGAACUUCUGAUGGAAAAUUUUCGUACUAUAAUUUGGAGAAAGCUGAAGCAACCGCCUUUGAUCCGAGAUUCUCGCAAACGAGUGGUCAAUCAGGAGCUAUUCAGCUUCUCAUUGUUGCAGUUCAUUAUUUUGUAUCUCACUGGAGCAUAAUAAUCCGUUCUGUUGGCUUAGAUUGC